UGACAAAUAAACACAGCGCUUUUCAUAAAGUGCCGGUUGUCGGAGUUUUAUCUUUUGUCAAUCGUGUUUUUGAUCGGUAAAUUGCAAAAUAACAAUAACGGGGGAAUUUAAAAAAAAAUCGGAAAAUAGCGUUAAUAACCACGUAAGACUGUCCACCUUAUGAUGUUCUACAGUGAACUAAAAAUGGCCGUUUCACUGACACUUGUUCUGCUGGCAUUAUUGGCUAUAACAACAACAAGUGCGAGUUCAACACGACCUCGCGGAGUAUCACUUGCAUAUGCAUCAUUAUAUCAACCAACGCAUGACAAGAAUUGGGUUUGUCUGGAUGGAAUUAGAACUAUACCGUAUGAUCGAAUUAACGAUGACUAUUGCGAUUGCGAUGAUGGCAGCGAUGAGCCGGGCACAGCAGCCUGCUCGAAUGGACAUUUUCAUUGUACAAAUCAGGGACACAUUCCACAGGAUAUUCCUAGCUCGCGCGUAGACGAUGGCAUUUGUGAUUGCUGUGACGGUAGCGAUGAAAUAGUUGAAAAUAAUGGAAAAAAAUGUAAAAAUAAUUGCCACGAACUGGGACGCGCUGAAGAGUUAAAACGAAAAGUCGAGGCUGACUUGCAUAUGCGUGGUGCUGCCAAACGUGAUGAAUUGAUAACAAAAGGUAAACAAAUGCAAUCAGAACGUACUGCCCGACGUGCUGAACUGGAAACACAACGCAGCGAACAAGAGGCACUGAAAGCAGAAAAGGAAAACAUAAAGCGUGAUGCGGAAGCUGCAGAAGCUGAUGCAUUAGAAAUUUAUAAGGAGCAACAACGUGAACUGGAUGCUGCAGCUGCAGAAGAGGCGAAGUUAGCUGAAGAACCCCAUAACUUACGUAUGGAAGCAGAAGCAAACUUUGUACGUUAUGACACAAAUAAGGACGGUUUUGUUGAAGUUACGGAAUUGCAAAUUGAUAUGACAUUGGAUAGGGAUCGUAAUGGCGUUGUUACUGUGGAUGAGGCCAAAUACUUUUUAGAUGAACGAGAUCGUAUAGACUUUGAUGGAUUUUUAGCAUUGUCAUGGCCACGUAUCAAACCAGUCCAAAUGUUAGCCCAGGGCUUAUUUAGACCUCCAUUUGCAGAAGAAACAGAAGAAGCAGAGCUGCACCAGGAUGAAAAAGUUGAACAACCAGAGCACACAACAGAUAAUAACAAAGAGACUCACAAUACAGAAGAUGCUGAUGCAGAAGAAGAGGAAACUUACGAGGACGAGGAAGAAGAUGUUGGCGUUGGUUCUGUUACACCUGAAAAUAAACAAGAAUAUGAUCCUGAAACGCAGCGUCUAGUUGAUAUUGCUCAGGAAGCUCGUAACGCUUUUGAUGAGGUGGAUAGAAAUUUACGUGAAAUUGAUCGGGAAAUUAAAGAUAUUGAUGACCAAAACGCGAAAGACUAUGGUCCAAAUGAAGAAUACGCUACAAUGGAUGGCGAAUGUUAUUCAUUUGAAGAUCGUGAAUAUGUUUACACGUUAUGUCCAUUCGAUCGGGCCUCUCAGAAAUCACGAAGUGGUGGCUCAGAGACAACGCUGGGUCGUUGGGAUCAAUGGUACGGAGAUGAAAAUAACAAAUAUUCAAAACAAAGAUAUGCACAUGGUGCUUCAUGCUGGAAUGGACCGCAACGUUCAGCUGUAGUUCAUCUAAAAUGUGCUUUGGAACCAGCAAUCAGAUCUGUUACAGAACCUAAUCGUUGCGAAUAUUUCUUUGACCUUGAAACUCCUGCCGCUUGUGAUCAUGAAGCUUUUAUAGCCGCUGAAAAGGAUCGUCACGACGAGCUUUAAAAAUUUAGUAUAAAUUAUUUUCUAAAAAUGUAAGUAAAAUUGUAGUCUUUAUGAAUGUGUGGCAUGGCAUGCAUGUAUGAGAUACAAAGCAAAGGUAUACUAAACUGCAGUAUUUUUAGAAAGUUCCUUAUUAUGCGAAAAUGCUGCAUUCAUUUAAGCUACUAUUAGCUACUAUUAUAUCGAAAUUGUUUCCAGAACUUAAAAUUCAUUGGUGCUUGCACAAUAUAAUUUAGUAUAUUAUUGUGAAAGAAAAACGUAAACAUUUAAAAUGAACUCAUCUGUAAAAC